CUUUACCAAAUAUUAUUUAUUUUUAGAGACACAAUUCAUGAUAGCUCGAGAAUGGAACUGUUGUCCGUAGUAGUGAAGAAUGCGUCCGCGGCUAAUUUAUUGAAACGCGACUCAGAUUUGCUGAAAGCCCUUAUUACGGUCGGGGAAGAUUACAAAGUCAACUGUCAAGGAUCUUGGAAGGUUGUCAGUUAUAUUACGAGUACUGCCUAUGUAUUCCUUGUAUAAUAAGACGUAUGAGUGGAUGGAUUUCACUAGAUAGAAUUUACAUUUCAGAUGGUAGAAUGGGCGUCAGAGAUUUUGUUCCAUUUGGCAUCGCAUAUUGAAGGUAGUCAUUAAAUUAUUUGAAUAUACCUCUUGUUGUAAGAAUCAUACUUAAACCCUGACUUGUAACUUGUUGCUAUAAAUAAAAUAUUUGUAUUUGUAUGACGCAAAUUUUGUAGACUAGCUACAAGUAUACUACGUAUUUGAAAUAUGUAUUAUUUUUUAUUCAGGUGUGGAUAAUUCAAUACGAACAACUAUAAACAGAUCGGACUUUGACGUUGAUAUGAAUAUGUCUGAAAAAACUUUAGAUAGCGUCUCUGUGCCAUUUUUACUGAAACCAAACUGGGAUAAAGAUAAAUUCAGCAAUAUAUUCAAAAAUGCCACAAUUCAGCAUAAAGUAAAUGACUAUGAAUCGAAAUGCUCUAUGACCGAAAUAGAAGGUUUCCGUAAGCCUUUUAGCGAAGGGCACAUUGGUUUUAGUUCGAGCACAAUAGAUUUCGCACCCAAAUUUGUAUCGACUCCUAAAAGAAAGAUUACAACACCACGUGGAAUGCUAGUGGCUGGAUUGAGGGAAGAACUACUAAACAGGACAGAGCAAAAAACUAAUAAUGUUUCACAACGGGAGCCUUGUGAAAAGAAUACAGCUACACUUAUCAAGAACACGUUAUCAAAGAGCGCUCGAUUGUUAAACAUUGUGCACAAUUCUUGUGUAUCAAUGUAUCGUGCGUUGGGAAUUAUUUUCUGUCCAAAGCCAGCUGACACAAAAUCCAGAAGUCUUUGGAAGAAAAAGUUCAAAAUUGACGAGAAAACGAUGAAUAAGUUUACUAAAUAUUUGAAACAGAGUAUUACGCACCCUGAUACAAAAGUCAGUGAUCAUUUAAAAGUUCAAAAACAGGUCAAACGAAAAUUAGCUAUUAAGCAAAAAAUCCGAAAGAGCAUAGUAAAGCAACUUAAAAAUGGAAUGCAUUUAUAUGGUUGUAAUUUUAAGAAGAUUGCUCAAGCUAUGUGGCCGCACGAAAAGGAAAUGACACCCAAGGUGCUGUAUCAUAUUUACAGAAAAUAUAUACUCAAAUGAACGUUUGUUAACAAAGUUACUUUUUUUCCACAGUUUAUAAGACCGUAUUUUGAUUUAAAUGAUUUGAAAAUAUUUUUUUUUGUAUAAAAGUAUACAGUUCCAGAUUCGUCCCUUUUUGUCAUGUGUAUUAACUGCUAACGCAUAUAAGUCGGUAUUAUUUUUAGCAACCGUAGUAAUUCCCAUCAACUGUAUGCCGUCGGAAAAUUUAUUUCUGAAAUUUCGGACAAUUCUCAAUAUGUUUACGUAAAUAAAUUUUAUAUUCUAUUCCGAAAGAGGAAAUGUUAUUUUUCUUGUGAAAAUUCUCGAAUAAUUCUUAAAGCCUUUUUGGAAAAUGAAUAGAAUCAAGUGGAAUUGGCGAGCCAAUUUAAUUUUUUCGUCCACAUCAUCAGAUUAAUCUGACUGUCAAUAGUUUAAUCAGAUGGUCUGGACGCAGAAAAUGUACCGUCGGGACUGGCCUUAGAAGCGUCCAAUCAUUAGGCGUUUUUAAUUCGUAAAAAGUCUGAACAAAGUCUGUAAGAGCACUUAUUAUAGUUAUUAUGCUUACUGCAUAGAUAAACAGUUUAAUAAUAAUAAUAAAUAAUGGCCGUGCCACGCUCUAUUGGGAUCGAUCUAUCUAUCUAUCAUCACUGACAGGACUAUUGUUGCCAAUAAGCCUGACAUCGUGCUGAUAGACCGAUCGCAGCGCCGGACCGUGCUCGUCGACGUCACCAUCCCCCAUGACGAGAAUCUUGUGAAAGCCGAGGAGAAGGACAAGUCCAGUAAGUACCUAGACUUGGCUCACGAGAUUACUGCCAUGUGGGAUGUUGACUCGACGAUCAUUGUUCCGAUAGUCGUGUCAGCGAACGGUCUCAUAGCGAAGAGUCUCGACCAACACCUAGAGAGACUCUCGCUAGGUGGCUGGAUCAAGGGUCAGAUGCAGAAGGCAGUAAUUUUGGACACGGCGCGUAUAGUACGUCGGUUCUUCUCUCUGCGGCCCUGACCACCGGCAGCUUGGGCCCUGCCCCGCUGCUGGCGGCACCCUAGGUUAGGUUUUUUAUAAUGUUUUUAUAUCUUUUGUAAGUGUUUUUAUAUUUUACUUUUAUAUCCAUAUUACUUAUAAAAAAUCCUAACCUAAGAUAUUAAAUGAAUAAAGAGAAUAAUAAAUAUUAUAGGACAUUAGUACACAAUUUGACUAAGUCCCACAGUAAGCUCAAUAAGGCUUGUGUUGAGGGUACUUAGACAACGAUAUAUAUAAUAUAUAAAUACUUAAAUACAUAGAAAACAACCAUGACUCAGGAACAAAUAUCCAAGCUCAUCACACGAAUAAAUGCCCUUUCCAGGAUUUGAACCUGGGACCAUCGGCUUCGUAGGCAGGGUCACUACCCACUAGGCCAAACUGGUCGUCAAUCAGUUUAGAAUCUGUAAGCAGCUACAGCUGUAUGUAUUAAGGUAACAAUAAAUAAUAUGCUGAAGUAUUAAUAUUCAAUAAACAAUUAAUUUACAACAUAAUGUUUGUCUGUGAGGGUCAUACAUAUUUUUUAGCAAAUUCGUUCGAGUUUUUCCUUAAGUCAUCAUAAAGCCUUAGGGAACCUAAAGCAAAUUUUUAAGCGGCACCUUUACAGGCCGGUCACAUUUUUUCAGUACUUGAGACUCAAAUAAGAAAAGUUGUAAAAUAAAAACUAACAGAAAAAAACAUUUUUUAGGGUGGCCCUACGCCAAAAGUG